CGAAUACAUCACGUGGGUGUAGCGCAUUGUCAAAAUUCCGGUCACUUAUUAGUGCGCGUUGCAACAGAUGUCACGGAACUGUGCGUGGUCAAGAAAGAUAUUUCGAACCAUCUAAAGACCAUUCGACGAGUUUGUCUAAGACAUUGUGUUACAUGACAUUUAAAAGCGCGGAUCGCGCGCGAGUUUGAGCGAAUUUUCAAUUGUCGGUUUAACAAAAUUAAGAUACGCUGCAAUAAACUGCGUCAAUACAAUCGAUUGGACGAAAACGAACUAUACAUAAAUUUGUAAAAUUUGCGAGCGAUGGCAAGUGCACACGGGAUUGUAUCAAGUGUUAAAACGAAAAUGAAUUAUCGAUGGUCUGCGAGAAAUUGAAUUAUCGGUAGCUCGUUAGGAUCGGAUCGAUCGCAGUCGCGGAGUUCCACGUUUGUAGAAGAAAAAUGAUCGAGACAACUUAACUUGAUUACAUUAAAUUUAUUCCGUGUAAAUAGAAUCUCGACUAAUUAGCCGAUAGUUCAUUAAGCUUGACUCCGAAGAGAUUGUCGAACCGGCUAUCUUGUUAAUUCUACAAGAUUCACUUAAGCUAACUCAAAUUGACUUCGUAUUUCGAUACUGUAGCGCAAGUAGUCGGACAUUUCGUCUCGUCGAUAUUUUCUCAAAUGACGUGAAAAUCUAUUAAAGGCAUUACGCGUGGGGUGCACAAUCGAGCCAGGGCGACUUUAAUCGUGUAUGUAAUGAUUGACGAGCAUUUUCUCAGUUUCGCGUACGAGUGCUUGUACAAUUAUGGCAUAUUUGCUGACAUCAUGGGAGCCUCCUCGAUAUUGGAUGGCAAAUACUUCAAGCGUACUUCAAGCCCUCGAUGCACUUCUCGCGAACUUGAAAGAUGCUACUCACAGUAUAUCGUAGUAUGCGUUUUUUCUCACGCCUUGUCGAUUCGAUAAUUCAUUGUGAGAAAUUGCACAACAAAUCGUAAGGUUUCUAUUAAAUCGAUUUAUCAAUUAGUUAAUUUGAUUUGAUAAUUAAGUUAAUUCGGAAUAAUUAAUCGAUAGGCAUUUUUUUGUGCUAAGUUCUUAUUCUGGAAAUUAUGGAAUUUUGGACAGGAAAGAUACACAAGUGUGUAUUCCGAGUUAGUUUUGCUGUCAAUUGACGCACAAUUCCACUAUCUAAACAGGAAGUUGUGAAUUUAUACCUAAAGUGCGAGGAAGUUAAUUAUGUUAAUCGGCCGCGCGAAGACGUAAAACACGAUUCCCGGAGCACGAAUUCUCGUCGAAGUUACAGAAGAUAAACAUUCGUCUGCUUUUGGCAAAUUGACUCUUCCAGGUCUGCGCUAUUCAGUCGAAGCAUUAAACGAAGUCUUAUUUUAAGUGAGGGAGUUAAUCAGGAUAUUUCACGAAAUAUCUCUCGCGAUCUCUUCGUCGGAAGCUUCGUCGACGCGGCAUGUCGAGAUAAUUAAUGGUCAACGUACCGCGACGAGGGACCUGAUGAUGUCACUUAACGUUUCCGACUCGACGGAAGUAGAUACCUUGAAGCCCGCGAAGACGAUAAACGGAGCUCGAGUCGCGAAAUAUUGCGCUUACGCGCCCCCGCGAUUCCUAAUGGAUUUUCUCGGGCUGCAUUUCGACACUCGGCGAUUCGCUGCCGGCCCGCGCGAAACUUUGACAUCGAAAGUCGUCGUCGCGACCCGGUCGAAAGUGCUGCCGACGUAAAAUUGAAAUUCCUCCUCCGAAACGCAAGCGGGGAAGAUUGACGUGACGGUGCAAUCGCGUACACGUGAGGCCUGUAAAUACGUAGCUUGAACCGGAAAGCGGCGGACCUAAGUGGAAGUACGUGAUAGCGCGAACCUGUCGAGUGUACGAGACGAGAUACGUGAUCGCGAGGGUAUAUAUAGGAGCAGCUGACCUCAAAAAGGGUGAAGAAAGGCUGGCGGAGGCGAGAAGAGGUCUUAAAAAUGUUAACAACCAUGUCCACCGUCGCGUUCGAAUUAAAUUCAUCGUAUUACACAACGGCGAUCGGCAACAGCGCGCUCGAUGGAUUCUCAGUAAUCGAGUCGGAGAACACCACUUCCGCGCUGUACAUGCUGCCCGCCUACAUCAGAACGACUUCGAUGGUAGCCUGUAUCGUCGUGAUGGUUCUGGGUAUACUCGGCAACUUGAUGGUGCCGCUGGUCGUGCUGCAGGGUAAGGACAUGAGGAACAGCACCAACAUCUUCCUGGUGAAUCUCAGCGUGGCUGAUCUCUUCGUGCUCGUGAUUUCGACACCUUCCAUGCUAAUGGAAAUCAAUUCAGGACCCGAGGUCUGGCUGCUCGGCGAGCACAUGUGUAAAGCCGUUCCCUUUGUCGAAUUAACGGUGGCCCAUGCUUCUGUUCUCACGAUUUUGGCUAUCAGCUUCGAGAGAUAUUACGCCAUCUGUGAGCCAUUGAGGGCGGGAUAUGUAUGCACAAAAGCAAGGGCGAUCUUCCUUUGUUUCUUGGCGUGGGUGGCAGCCGCGCUAUGUACAAGUCCCAUACUGCUGAUGGUGACCUACGAGGUCGAGGAGAACGGCAACGGUACGUACAUCCCCACGUGCUUAACCAUGGCGUCGGAAUGGUGGAUGACGGGCUUCAUCGUGACGACGAUCGUGGUGUUCUUCGUGAUCCCGCUGCUCAUUCUGAUCAUCCUGUACACCGUGAUCGCGCAACACCUGAUGGAGAAUCCGGCGAUAAGCCGCGGACCGGCGAACAAUCUGCUCAAGUACCGCAGGCAGGUGGUCCUGAUGCUGGGCACGGUGGUGCUGUGCUUCUUCUUUUGCCUGCUGCCCUUCAAAGCCUUCACGCUCUGGAUUAUCAUCGUGCCGCCCAAGAUGGUCGUCUCGCUCGGCAUAGAGGGCUACUACAGUCUCCUGUACUUCUGCAGAGUGAUGCUGUAUCUGAACUCGGCGAUCAAUCCCAUUCUCUACAAUUUGAUGUCGACGAAAUUCAGGGAGGGCUUCCUCAAGCUGUGCUGCCUGCGGUCGAGCAGACGGAAGAACACGUCGGGACGUACGGCGACAUACACGACCGGAUCGACAAAUUACAGCAGCAACCAAUCGGACUUCUGGCGCAGGCAGAGCAGCAACAAGAGUUGCAGCGUCAAGGUACCAUGCAACGACCAUGCGUCCGAGAAACAGAUCAAAUUGCCUUUACUCACGGCCGUCGUGGCCGGGAGUAUCGUUAAGAAGAAGCAGGAGAGUUACGUUUAACCCUAAUUAAGCUAGAAUCAUUUGAAAAGCGAAAUUCGAAGCGAAAUUCUUUCUUUUAUUCCGUCGAAAAAUGAUUCAUCCAGCUCUGCUGUUUUCGAGUCUUUCAUUCCAUUUCGUCCUGCAGAGCCAUUGUUAAAUUUUUUAUUACUUUUCAUCCGGGCAAUUGGGAUAUUUUAUUGAAUAUUUUACACGCAAUGAUCAAUUUAGCAGGUUUGGUCUAAAAAGUGAAACAUACAAAUUGACAAAUUGUGCAAUAGCGAAUCGAAUUUUCGGUCGGUUCUCCAUACGUCGUCGUAACUCUUUUCAAUGCUCUUCAUCAUAGCAUCCCAGUAUCUCAUAUAUGUGAUGACAAUUGAGUAGAUUAUUUAUUAAUAUCAACUAAUUUAAUUAUAGAAUAUCCACGAGUUUAGUAGCGAUGGAUAAGAAAUAAUUGUUAAUUAAAUGUUCACUGAAUGUUACUAUGUCAACGUUAGCUUGUUAGACAUGAUUCACGAGUCUAAAUGAGAUUAGAGUACAAUAAUUGUAUUAGCCACUCUCUCGCUGUGACAUAAUCACGAUAACGAUUUAGUUCCUCGAUUUUAUACGUUAUAUAUUGUGUACGUUCAUAUAAAAAAAAAAAGAGCUACGUGAUACGGUAAGUAUUAGAAUAAAAACGACUCUCUUCCAGGCAUUAAUAAUGCGUAUAAAAGGCGGGAUACGCGAACCUUUCGUUCCUAAAUGCUUUAACCGUGAUAAAUUUAAUGUAGCUUUAAUUAAGCAGAUAUGUAGGUGAGAGAGAACGAAGCGUGAAAACCGCGUUACUGCAAAUAGCAGAUUUAUUUUUAAUAACUGUCUAUUAUUUUAACAUUGAUUAUCACUGAGACCGUUUUGUUGUAUUCUAGGAAUCAGAAAUUCGUUAUUCCAUCGACGGAAUCAGUGAUAAAGUCCGACAGCAGAAGCAAGAUAUUGUUAAUAAUCGGCACAAAAGUGAAAAA